ACGUUGGGCAACAUUUAUGUCUUUAGGCUGUCAGCCUCUGUUGAAACCAAUAGGCUUUAAUCUAUAUUCAUAUUUCUAUAAUUUUCCUAAUCUCACAUGUGGCAGUGGCAGCCAUUUUGGCUAGUUACCAUUUACCAUGGAUAUCCAGUUUCAGUGGAGCAUCUGAACUGUUGAUGUAAAUAAACUGAACUGGUUUGUUGUUGGGCUCCUCUGGUUGUUGCUCCACUUACACUAGUUGGCCAGUAGGUGGCACUACAUGCACACAGACUCCAAUCAGAACCUGCGCAGAUGCAAACAAAGCUUCUGAAAAGUUACCAACAUGAAUGAAGGACCAGAAACUGGACAAUGUUUCUAAGUUUCCUGUCUUGUUCUUCAGUUUCCCCACUGAAGAUCAUUCUGAUGGGGAACAGCUGGUCUUCAAGGAGCCAGGUUGGAAACUCCCUACUGGGACAAUCCCAGUUCAACACCGAGGUGGAACCAGAAACCUGCCUGAGUUUCAGAGGACAGCUGAUGGGGAAAGGCCUGGUCAUCGUCAACACUCCCAAUCUGCUGCUGCCCAACAUCUCCCAGUUCCACCUGAUGGAGCACAUCGAACGCUGCAUGAGACUUUCUGCUCCUGGACCUCAUCUGUUCCUGCUGGUUCUGCAGCCUGAGAGCUUCACAGAGGACCACAGAGACAGGCUCUGCAGGAUCCUGGAGCAUAUCAGUGACCAGUCCUUUGCUCACUCGCUGGUUCUGAAGACACCCAGAGAGACUCCCGGACAAAACCCUGCCAGUCUGGGGGCCCUAGAGGCCAUGGUGAGGAACUGCAGAGGAGAGUUUAUGUGGAGGAGGACCACCAGACUCUCUGACAUCUGGCAGUUUUUGGAAAAACCUCUGACAGAGAACAGAGGACGACGAGUCAGCUCAGAGAAAUUUGAGGAACAGACAUCGAUGGACCCCCAGGUUUCCAGUUCUGCCUUCAGAAUAGUUCUGUUUGGGAAAAGUGAAGAGAUGAAGACUAAACUGGGGAACUUUCUCCUUGGUAAAGGCCGAGAGCAUUUCUACAAGACGACUUCUCCUAAAUGUGCAGCUGCUAACGGAGAGUGGAGAGGAUAUUCACUGACGGUGGUUAAAACUCCAAACUUCUUCCACAUGUCUGAGAGAAAAAUCAAAGCAGAAAUGAAGGAGUGUGUGAGACUCUGUGAUCCUGGACCAAACGUCCUUCUGCUGCUGGUCAAACCUUCAUCAUUCUCACAGAGGAAGAGUCAAAGCCUCACAGCCGUCCUCAGUUUGCUCGGACCGGACGCUCUGCAGCACUCGCUGGUGGUCAAGACCCACGAACAGAUCGAAUCUGGGCCAGUCAAGCAGCUCAUCCGAGACUGUGAUGAACGGCAGUACAACAUGCAUGAAGACGACCAGAGGGCAUUAAUGAGGAAGGUGAAGGCCACCGUGCACCUCAACAAGGGAGUCUACCUCACCUUCGCUGGAGAGAACAUGGACCCAGAACCUGGACCUCACAGGAGAACCUUAAACCUGGUUCUGUGUGGGACCAGAGACGCUGAGAAGGCCUCACUAGCGAAGGCCGUUUUGGGCCAGACAGAGCUUCACUCGGUCUCCAACCCUUCAGACAUCAUCAUGAACCAAGGAGAGGUGUGUGGCCGUUGGGUCUCCAUUCUGGAGAUGCCUUCACUGUACAGAAAAGCUCAGCAGGAAGUGAUGGAGGAAUCCUUCAGGUGUGUCUCCCUCUGUGACCCUGAGGGUGUCCACGCCUUCAUCCUGGUCCUACCUGUGGGUCCCCUCACUGAUGAAGACAAGGGAGAGUUACACACCAUCCAGGACACAUUCAGCUCCAGAGUCAAUGACUUCACCAUGAUCCUGUUCGCUGUGGAGUCGGAUCCUGCAGCUCCAGCUGUCACCGGCUUCAUCAGGGAAAGCAGAGGCGUCCAGGAUCUCUGCCGGAGCUGCGGAGGAAGAUAUGUGGUUCUGAACGUCAAGGACAGGCAGAAGAUCCCAGAGCUGCUGCGUGUCAUAGAGAAAAACAUCAUGUCUGAAGACGAGCAACACGGAUACACAGCCAAAAUACACGCCAACGCUCAAGCAGAAAAAAUCUGGGAAAAAGAUAAAAACAUUGUUCAUCUGGAGGAAGAAGUUCAGAACCUCAAGAGGAAAACCAACAUCAGCAGAGCCGAUGAGCCGCCGACCCCAGACACUCUGAGGAUCGUCCUGAUCGGGAAGACCGGCUGUGGGAAGAGCUCCUCCGGAAACACCAUCCUGGGAAGAGAGGAGUUCAAAGCUCAAGCUCUCCAGAAGUCUGUCACCAAGUACUGCCAGAAAGCGCAGAGCGAAGUGGCCGGCCGCUCGGUCACGGUGGUCGACACGCCUGGACUGUUUGACACCAGCCUGUCCAACGAGGAGGUCAACGAGGAGAUGACCAAGUGCAUCAGCCUCCUGGCUCCGGGGCCACACGUCUUCCUGCUGGUGCUGCAGAUCAGCAGGUUCACUGCAGAGGAGAAGGACACAUUAAAACUGGUCAAGAGGGUCUUUGGAAAGACUUCUGAGAAGUUCACCAUCAUCCUGUUCACUAAGGGAGACUCAUUAGAACAUCAUUCAAUAUCUGUAGAGGAAUACAUCGAGAACGGAGACGAUCACAUCAAGAACCUGAUCGAAGACUGCGGAGGACGGUUCCACGUCUUCAACAACUACGACAAAGAAGGCAAAGCACAGCAGGUCUCUGGGCUGCUGGAAAAGAUCGAGCAGAUGGUGAAGAAGAACGGCGGCGGCUGCUUCACCAACGAGAUGCUGAGGGAGGCCGAGGCGGCGAUCCAGAAAGAGGUGGAGAAAAUCCUGGAACAGAAGAACGAGGAGAUGCAGAAAGAGCUGCAAAAGAUUGAGAAACAACGGGACAAAGAAAUGAAAGAGCUGCAAGAGACGAUGGAGGAGCAAAAGGCAGCGCUGGCAAGUCAGAGAGAAGAAACAUUAAAACAACUGGAACAAGCGAGGGUUAAAAUGACCAACGAGACAGAGAGGAUAAGGAAAGAGAAGGAAAAGAGGGAUGAAGAGGACAGGAAGAAGAAGAGAGAGGAGGAGAAGGAAAAUCAGGAGUCUGAAGCAAAACUGAAAGAUUUGCAGGAAAAAAUGGAUUCUACAGCAGAUCUGGAGAAGAAGAGUUUACUGGGACAACUCAAGGAAAGUACGAGGAAAGAGCAAGAGAACAGGAAGAAGGAGCUGAAGGAAUACUGGGAACGUCGAAGGAGAGAGAAUGAGAGCAGACGGAAAAAGGCUGAAAUAAAACUCAAACAGCUGCAGAUGUAUUACGAUCAGACCGAAAAGACGUCUGAACAACAGACUGAACAGGAGGACAAAAAGCUGGGAGAUCUGGACGAAAAGUACGAGAAGAAAGCCGCCGACAUCAGGAAGAAGUUCCAAGAGGAGGCGAGAGAGCAAGCAGAGGAGCACAACGACUUCAGGGAGAAAUACACGGAAAACUUCGCUGGUCUGAUGGAGGAACACCGGGAGGAAAUCCAGAACCUGGAGCGGAAACACCGGAUGGACAUGCAGGAGAACGAGGAGAAACGGCAGAGAGAGUACAAACUGCUGGACAACCUGCUGGUCCACAAAGAGGAACGACUGAAAGAAGAGCUGGAGCACAAAGACAAGCAGCUGAGAGAAAUGGAAGAGCUAAAGAACGCCCAGGAGAGAGAGCUGAAGGCGAUGAAGGACAAGUACAAGAACCGAUGCCUGAUCGCCUGACAGCUUCUGGUCCAGGGACCGGACCCACUCCAUCGACCGGCCUGAGGAUUUACAGCAACAACAACGGCUGGAGGAAGACCUGACGAUGAAGGAGCUUCUCUUCAACGAGCCGCUCAGACUCUUCACACUCUGAGGAUGUUACAAUAUUCUUCCUCAGCACAACUCUGAUUUACUUUGGUCUCUUAGCAACCAGCACAGCAGGGCCUGGCGCAAUCUGGAGGUGUGCGCUCUCCUGGCAGUUUCCAGUAAACUCCUUCCUGAUGGACUCCAAACCGAUCUGGAGGUUUAAGUUUCUCUGUUUUUGGUCAAAUAUAUUUUGAUGUUUAUCAUGAAGAAUAAACAUCAGGCUGUAAUCCGGUUCAAACUGAGCAGAACUUUUCCUAACAUGGAUCAGAAUCAGAAGACGGAGAGAGCAGAGAACCAGGAAGAGUUUUCAGAACCAGUAGAACCAGAAACACUGUAAAAAAUCCCACCAGCUACUGGUUAACCAUGUCUGGUCUUCAUUUAGUGACGUUACCAGAUGAGGAUCCAAAACGUUCACCGAAGUGAGUUCUGAUAAAUCUUCAUGAUAUUAAAUGAAAAAAUGACACUUUAUUAUAUUCACUCCUAAAUGGAAACAGUUUUUCCAAAAGGUUACUUAGUAAAAGUAACUGAGUAAAGAUAACUAGUUACUACCAGCUGUGGACGGUUUUACCAGAAACUGUUUCCACUAGAGAUGGACGACAGCAGGAUCGUUUCAUCGCUUCUUCCUGAAGCUGCAGCAGGUUAAACAUGUCUGCACGUUUCUGCAGAAACUUAUUGAUGCAUUUUUCUGAUUCUUCAGCCUGUAAAUCAGUCGGGUCCAGAUCUGAGCUGUGGAUGUGCAGCUGACCAAUCUGACCAGCUUCAUCUGUUAUUUAACAAACCAGCAGCUCUGAUCAGCUGCACAUGACUGAGUGAAAUCAAUAUCUGAGGAGAUUAAUAUCUGAAGAAUGUGCAGAAUGACCCACUAACAGAGGCUGAUUAUUGAUUUUACAUGUAAUCACUAUUUAAUAUUCAAUAGUUAAACAUGUUUUGUGCCAAAUUAGACUUUCAUCAUGAUAUCACACCUCAUGUUUGAUGGGAUAAAUGUUCUGAAAAGGUUGAUGUCCAUCUGGAUCUGACUGGCCUAGUUAAAGACUUGUUCCAUGUUGUAAUUAAAAUAAAAUCUGCAUCAAUUCAGCUCUGAAAACCCGGGUUCUAUUGACCCAACAGAACCAGAAGACCUGAUGGUGGAAACCAUGAGACAGAGUCACUGCUGGACAUGAAGGACAUAAUGGACGCUGGAGUUACUGUUGGACACACUGGGCUCUCUCUACCUGAACCAACAGUCUGUCUCUGGUUUCUGCAGCAAACUGCAGUUUUAGCUCUGAAUUUGAAUAACUGUAAGAAUAUUUAAACCUUUUUGGA